CGAGGAUCACUCGAAUUUCGUAAACAGCGUUUAUUAACAGUCUGAAAAAUAGGCCCGAUUAUCAUGUUUUAAAGACUUCAGACUCAUAAAAUGGUGCGUUUACGAAAAGGAAAGCACAAAACGUGGCGAAAAGGCCAAAGCUGCGAGUCAAAUCCGGCAACGAGAAAGUACAGAACGGCAGCAAAGAGAGGAAGCAUCACAGGUCGUUCAACUCAGAAUUCUAAUUUAACUGUUGAAGCUCUCGCUAAACAUGAAGAAAGACACGAUAACGAUGGCGACGUGGAGCUUAAAGAAGACGAAGGAUUCAGUGUGAAGAGUGGACAAACGUUUGGUGCUUUCAGCAUUAGUGGUUUAACGGACUGUUCCAAUCCUGUGUUCGCUACUGUCAAGAGAUUUUGGGAUUCUCCUUCAUCACAACACAAAGAGGUCAGUUGAAAGCGUUUUGAUUUAAGCUUCCAUCGAAAACUGACUCUGACAUCGGUGAAUAUACAUCUCAGGAAACUGAGACAUAUUUUUGUUUCACGUGGGCUGUUAUUCCUACAGUGAUCAUGAGGUGACUGUAGUGUGAUUUAAUAUCUAGUGUAGUCUUGCAGGGAAGGACUGUUGUCAAUGACAGGGACCGAAAUUUUCAGAAAUUGAAUACUUAAGUUAUAGGAAAAUCAAUCAAUGUCACUGUCAACUCUUCUUUACAGUACGACUCUCACCAGGACAAUUAUAUAUUGCAGUUCACUCCAACUCUCAUGUUCCAACCAUUCAUAAAAUAAAUGGUCUGUGGUGCAGUAAUUAGAUAAUGGCAUGAUAUGUGACUCACACUGUCUAUAGACUGUAUGAUUUUAUGCCACCAUCUGCACAUACUGUAAGAUUUUAAGCUUUUAAUUAAUGGUGUAAAAUCACUCAGUAUGUUUAUAUAUCAACUGGAAGAAAAAACCUCAUUAAUAGUUAAAGGCAUAUAAUCUUACAGUAUGUACAUUACCAACUGGAAUAAAAUUGCAUCAUAAUUUAACAACAUAAAAUCUUACAGUAUAUCAAACACCAAUUGAGCCAAAUUACGCCGUUAGUUACUGUUAUAAAAUGUUACAGGAUAUAUACAUUACUGACUGAAAGAAAUUCCACUGUUAGUUAAUGGCAUAAAAUCUUACAAUAUGUAUAUAUAACAACUGAAUGAAAUUACACUGUUAGUUACUGGCGUAAAAUCUUACUUGUGUAUAUAUAAAUUACCGACUGGAAGAAAUUACACUGUUAGUUAAUGGUGUAAAAUCUUACAAUAUACAUAUAUAUAUACCAUCUGAAGAAAUUAUGCCAUUAGUUACUGUCGUGAAAUCUUACAGUAUGAAAAACACCAACUAAGCCAAAUUACGCCAUUAGUUAAUGGUAUAAAAUCUUACAGUAUGUAGAUAUAAUGACUGAAGGCUUAAUUGACAAGGCCUUUUGUAGAAAUCUCAGGAAGUUAAGUGAAUACCAAAAGAAAAGUUUUAAACAUCUGUGCGCAUUACAGGCAUGCUGUGUGUGUGCAUGACACAUGAUUGUUUUUAGGUCUGGAUUGUUUUAUUACAUAAAAGCAAGUACAGAUUUGUGUGUUAUGAGCAACACAACGAAGUUCAUGGAUGAAUUAAUUUCCCUUCCAGGUUUGUGCUGUUUUGGCUGCAGUCACUGAGGUAAGAUUUUUGCAAGAAUUAUUUUAUUUUAUUUUCACACCAUGUAUAUUAUAUAUACACACACACAUAUAUAUAUAUAAUUAUAUAUAUUUUUUAAAUUUGAGGCAUUUGUGAAUGGUAAAGGCAAACAUUGCCCAAUGAAGGUUUAAAACAUGGUCUCUAAUGAGACAGUCAUAACAGUCAUAUGCACAGAGUAAGUUUGUACUGUAGGGGAAUUUUGGUGUAUCUGUGGUCAGUGGUAACUAUAUCAUAACAGAUAUAUAAAAUUAAAUCCAUUUUUUAAUUCUGUAGGUUAUCAAAUCAAAAGGUGGCAAGGAAUCUGAAACAGAGUAUUUUGCUGCCCUGGUAUGUUAAAUUUUAUAGUUUUGGAUAUGCAUGCCAUGAUAAACUCAUACAGAAAAUAAUUAUUAGUUGUUCAUAGUUGUGAAUACAAAAAUGUGAUAAUGGAAGUGGUCAUUGCUUUCACUGUAGGUGAUCUAAGUUUACAGUGUAGGUUAUUACUUAAUAAAAUAACUUUAAGUUCUCAUGCAUUCAAUUCAGCCUUCUGAGAAUGUCUCACGUUAAGCAUACAGAUAAAUAGUGUAUAUUUAAGGAGUAGAUGUCCCUUUUUAAGUCAUGAGGUUAUGCAAUGAAUGACUUAUUGCUGUCUGCUGGAGUGUGGAGGAAAAACUGGUGUAAAUUUCCUUUGUAACUGGGCAAUUUUAUAUUAAAUUUUAGUUUUUAUUGAAUUUUGGUCUGCAAGGGCAUUCAUAGUUCUGCACAUAUAUUAUACUGUUUGUGACAGAGGAAGAAUAUCCACACAUGGUUACAGUGUUUAAUGCUAUUGUUUUGUCACUCGCUCAUUUUAUGGUCUCUGAAGACCAAAUGAAAAUAACAAAAACAGACCAGCUGGCAAGGAUGAAGACUGACCAACAUAUAAUGACCAAAUUCUCCCAACAAACACCUAAAUAUACAAAGAAAAUCUAAUCUUUAAAAAUGUUUAGACUAUACAGUAACUAUUGGUUUUCUCAAAGUUAAAAAUCCAAUCAGUACAGAGUAAGGUACAGAAUGUUUGUAUUGAUGUUUUUUUCCAUCCUUUUUGUUUGAAGAUGACUGCUUUAGAGUCAGCUGAUGAGAUGGAAGCAAUAGUAGCAAUAACAUUUUUGUUGAGUUUAGUUAUUAAAAGGUACGAAGUUGUGUAAUUGAAUAUAAGGAAUGAUGCUCGUAAAGGGUAAAUACUGAUUUAUUGAUAGGUAUUAACCAGUUGGGGACAUAUUACUUUAUUCACAAUAUAUUAGGCUGUGAAUAUAUGAAGGUCAUAUAUUAGAACUGCAAAUAAAGGCAUGAAUAUGAAAGCAAUCUUCACAGUUAUGAACACUACUUUAGCAGUAGUGAAAAGAAGGCCUGAAAAAAAUUCAGGCCUGUAUGGGAUUUGAACCCAUAACCUUAUGCAGUGCUCUACCAACUGAGCCAACAAGCCAACUGGGAGCUGGUCACAGUGUUGGUUCCAAAUAAACUCAUGAAGCCGUGAAUAAACGUCUGUGAAUAUAUGAAAGUCAUAUAUUUGAACUGCGGAUAAAGACGUGAAUAUGAAAGCAAUCUUCGCAGUUAUGAACACUACUUAAGCAGUAGUGAAAAGAAGGCUUGAUAAAAAAUUCAGGCCUGUACAGGAUUUGAACCCAUGACCUUAUUAUUAAAAAUAUUGUUAUUAAUUUGAAGUUUUCACAAGCUUUUAUCUGUGGCAGUUCAAAACGUUACAAGAUGUAUCAACAACGGACAUUGGUAGAAAUGAUUGUCUUAUUAAGUUGAAGGACAAAACUUCUUUGCAAAUUUCAAAACAAAAUCUUUUUUUUCUCUCACUCUCUCAUUUUUUUUCCAGUGUCCCUGAUGCUAUUCUUCAAUCAAAAUUCUCCAAGUCUUGUCAAGUUCUUGUCAAGAUAAUGGCAUCUCAUGCUGCUGAGGGAACCCCAGGACUUCUUAGACCUGUUAGUAAAGUGUUCAGUGUCACUUGUUAUGCAAAAUAUAUAUCUUUGUAGAACAAACUCAGGUUCCAAACACCACUUGCAUUACAUUUCAUUAUUACUAAUAAGACUGAAACAGUGUCCAUGUAAUUUAAUCAUAUUUAUUAAUAUCAUGAUUUACAGGUUUUUGUAACAUGUACAUUUUGAAGGAGGCAAAUGUCCUUUUUGUUCUUAGGACUUGGGACCAAGUGUAGGUUUCAUUUAUGGUUUGUUGUCUUCUUGAUGGCAUCUUGACUUUAUAACUGAAGUGGCCUGCAAAAUUCAGCAACAGACUAGGCAGUAAAGUCCUUGAGCUUAUGUACAUAGUAUAUACAGUAUAAUAUUGUACUAACCUUUCUUGUGUAUUGAAAUGUAGUGUAUCAGCUUUGAUGGCUGUUUUUCAAAGGGAAGGGACUGUGUUCAUUUGAAUCAGGACCAAUUAUCAUGCCUACAUGCCCUCACAUAUGGAUAAUUAAGCCUCCCUUUCUCUUGUUUCCUUGUACAAAUAUAUGGACUUCAGGUUGUGUAAUGUUUGUAAAGUGCAAUUUCACAUCAUGUCUCAUCAUGAGACAAAGUUUUGGCACAACUAUUAACUAAUUACAGUUAUACUUGAAGUUUUAUAAUGUAUAUUUAUCCUUUGAUAUGAUGCAAGAGAAUUUUUUCUUUUUUCUGUCCCAGCUGCUUGCCUGUCUGUGCAGAUUACUCAGUGUUCAGGAAGGAGCUGUUUGGUCAGAAUCAUCAACAAUGACAACCUACAGUGGAGUAUUGAGCUUUGUGAUUCAUAGUAAACCAAAGGUAAGGGAAAGGAAAAUUGUCGACUGAAUUUACCCCUUACUACCUUCAUUUAGAGCAAACAAGAGUCAACCGUUAUGGACAUAGAACUUAUCGGAUGUGCCCUACAUGUACAUGGGACUCUUAGAAACGAUUAUCCCUGUGACCCCAAGAGUGACUUGUAUCUAAUUUUUUCUUACAAUUUCACCUCAGAAUCAUACACUAAGGUCCCAAGAAUAAAGGAAAAUUUCCUUUAAUAAUCACCAACUAAAGAAUCUCUUGAUUGUUAAACAAAUUCUCCUUGUCAGCAUGUUAGGAAAUGUAUGGAGAACAGUACCAAGAAUAUGCAUACUGAUGUUAGGAUGUUAGGAGUUAACUUGUUACUUCCCUAUAUAUCAGUGAAUGGCCCCUGGUACCUGUAAAAUAAAUUUGUUCAAGAUGUGGAUGAACAAACUAAUAACAUUGUAGCAAGAAGUUGUUUUCCCAAUAUAACACCAUAAGAAUAAAAUUCCUUUUCAUGCACAGUUUUUGAUAAUUUCCAGCCAUCUGUUUGUACUGCAGGUCCGAAAAGCAGCACAGGAGGCAGUUAAAGUACUGUUAGAGAAGCCACCAGGAGAUAUGACUCAUCACCCUGCUUGUGGGGCAACAGCUAAAUUCUGUGUUCAACAAAUCGAAGAAAAUGGAGGUAUGCAUUUCUACUCGUAUGGCAUGAUGAUUAAGUUAUCAAUUACUGUAUGUCAUAAUAUUGCCUUAGUGUGAAAAAAAUUGAAAAAAGACUAUUGUAGUGGGAAUGGACUGACAUUUUAGUUUCCUCAGUGGAAGUCUAUAUCAUCAGAGUUUUAAAAAUGUAGAGUUGUUGAAACUGUAAAUCAAAAUGUUGUGUGCCUGGUUAGUGAAGACUUCCUUAAUAGGGUUCACUUGCUGCACAGUCACUUGCAUGGACUGUACCCUAUACAAAAGAAUACAGUUAAGUCCAAGUGCUGAUGUGAGGACAUUGCAUCAAGCAAACAUUGCAUUCAGCAAUAAUGUUUUAACCUGUUGGGUUUAUUGUAUCCCAACUCAAUUUCUUUAUUCUUGCAUGGUCUCUCCUUACAGGGUCUUCACAAGGUGCAGCCACCACUUUACACAUCAUUGGUAUUCUAAAGGAAAUACUCCCUUGUCUUCCUGUACAGGUUUGUAGAGUUAAAUUGUAGAGAUUGUAAUGUUCCUGAAUUUUUUUUAGUGGGUCAGAUUUUAAAGUUCCCUAAAAAUUCAUUGUCAUUCUUAAAUUUUACAUAAAAUACAAAAAUUGAUCAUAAUGUGCAGUGAUUGACUUUAUUGCCAUUUUAGGGAAUUAGUUGGUGGCAAAACACACAAGUUUUUUUAGUCAGUAAAGUUAUGGCUCCUUGACAAGGUUCUUUGUUUUUAGAAGUUUUUAUUUGAUUUUGUAGUGCUUCUUUAACUCAUAUUCAAUAUUUUCAAAUCCAGCCGCAAAUUAAAUUUGAUAAAAGUCAAGGUUGUAUUGUCAGGUUUGGGGAAGGAGAGCCAAACAGCAAUACAAACAUGGGGAAUGAAAUUUAGAAUCCAAAGUCUUUUGCUCUGAGUGUGCCUAUAUUUAAGUAUAAACUAAAGGGCAGUACACAUGUACUGCACCUUCGAAUGUACCUGCACAAAGAUUGCAUGAAUUGAAAUUAUUAUUAUGGUUUUAUUGUACAGAACCCAUCUUUAGCAACAAGCUUAAUAAUUUGAAUUUUUUUACCCUUUAACUCCCAAGAUUCCAUUUGUGAUUCUCCUUACUGUCUCCUAUACAAUUCAUUUGAUGUUAGUUUGGAGAAUUUUAAAUUAGAUCAACCAAUAAUCCCCUUAUUUAUGUUUUUCUUUAUUCUCAUUACUUGUCUGCUUGCUAUCAUACUGAUAGUGUAAGGAGAAAUUCUGUCUUGGUCACUGGUGGGACUUAAAGGGUUAAUAAUGUUUUUUCCUUCUUUUCAAAGAAUGUGAAGACCAUUUGUGAGUGCCUUUUAAAGCUGAUGACAUUAGGAAAUGUGGUAUGUCUUAUAGAACGCUGUACUUGUACUUGCAUUACACUGUUAGUACUGUGUUGCAGUAAUUCAAAGUUCAAAAACUCUGUCUGCUUCUCCUCUGGCUCAUGUAAUAAGAUGUGUGUUUCUUUUUUUCCAGAUGGUGACAGUGAAUUCUCUUCAAGCCAUUUAUAAGCUGCUCUGUGCAAACCCUGACACCACAACACUGAGCAAGCAGCUUAAUGCUCAGCUAAUCAAUGUAAGAAGACAGAGUACAAAUUGUUAUAAUUUAAGCACAUUUUACUCAGCAAUAAAUACAGUAAGGAUUUGUUUGGUGAAAGAGCUGUUGAGGUAGUGUUCAAAACUUAGUGUCAAAAGUAAACCUGGUUUGCAUUAGAGUUGUUUUACUUUGUCCUGUUAUACUGAAAACUUUGCAACCACCUUGUCAACCAAUUGUAUGCAAACUUAAAAUCCAUUGAGAUAAAGGUCACUUGCUAUUCUCCAGCAUCUCAGUUUGAGUUCUCAUCAUGAUGCCAUACUUCUUUUUCGGAAUAGCCAUAUUGUACUUUGGUUUUGGCUUUCAACACUCAGUUGAGAACUGCGCUGAGUAGCAAAUAAAAUUUGCAAUGUAAGUCAUUAAUUUUUUGAAACAUCAUGCAUUUCUUGUAUCAGGCUCUAUAUGAUUACCAGCCUAGUGUCAAUGACAGCAAUCCAUCACAAGCUUGGAUUUCAACUAUGGAGAAGGCUUAUGUUAACCUCGCAAGGUAUGAGUGUGAACCUUAGGGUCUUUAGAUCUUGAAGUGCAAAUGCUGUAAAUUUGGAAAAGAUUUACUGUAGCUCUUUUCAUUAUGCAUGAAAAUGGUUCUGGUAAUGCUAUCUUAAUUACAUGUAGAUUCAAUAGUGUAAUUUGCAUUUGUGACGUUAAAUCAUCGGUGUACAGCUAGUUGUUAAAUUCAAUUCAGAGCUUCACUAAGAUACAGUAACAAUUGGUACUUGUACAUUGUAUAUCAACCUUUUUCCUUACAGAUUAGAUGCUACUCUUUGCUACAACCAUCUGCCUAGAUUUUUUUCUUCGUUGAUGAGUUACUUUCUAUCAGAUCAACGAGUUCUCUCAAAAGCUGCACAGGACACAAUGAGUGUAAGUACUUCCACCUACAUGUGAGUCUUUUUUCAGCUUCUUUUUUAGAGUAAUCUUAGAAAGAUUGUUUUCCUCCCAAACGGUGUAUGCACCCUGGGUGUUAGAGGUCCUCCAAAUGGGUUACCAAAACCUCGAAAAUACUGGUACAUGUAAUUGUUCCAGUGAGUGUAUGUACAUGAUUGUACUGUGUGUGCUGAAAAUUUCAAGGAAGUGAAACUUCUAUUAUUGAAGAAAUGAAUUUUUGAAAAUACAGUACAGCUCAGAGGUAGAUGGCCAACGCACAUGCAAAACCUUCGCGCGUCAAAGCUUGUGUCUUGAGUGCGUUAUUCAACGCAGUCAGCUUGCUUUUUUCUGCACUGUUUCGGAGUUUCUUGUUUCAAAAUGCCACCGCCAAAACAUCGAAUCAACAUUUUCAAAUUUCAACAACUAAAGGAUGCGAUGGCUGCCGUUUCAACGAAACGUUGAAACGACUUUUCAUGAUUCCACUAAUAUUUCGUAAAAUAUGUUUGCAAAAGUUUUUAAGAUGUGAACAAUAAACUUAAUGCACUUUUUUUUCUGGAUGAUGUAAGAUUCCAACCUGGGAUCGUGAAAACUUUGUUCUAAGAAUUUAAAAUCAUUGUAGAAUGAUGGGACUCGAUCGAGAAGUUGGCUAAAUAGACUGGCGCCCGUACGUCUUGUUUACUCUCAUUCGACGAUAAAGUAUUUCUCAGUUUUCGUUCAAAUAAUAUGUAACUGUUUCGUAUAAUUCGUUUCACGUUUUGAGUGUUCGUAUAUGGUCAGGGUUUUAACUUAUCCCUCAAACGGUAGAGAAGUCUGUAAAGAUAAAAUCACAUUUCCCUCGCUGAACCAAAACCUGGCUAGAUGAAAAUUUUGAUGAGUUUGCCUCUCAGAGGAUCAUUUUGGGGUACUGAGAGAGACUUCUGCGCAGUUUAAGAUAAAGAUCUCAAAGCUUAAAUUCUGAGCCACUAUUUUAUAGAAGGAUCAAUGGCGUGUAUGUUUCUUUCGAGAUGGAGUUUCUGCUCUUGCUAUCUGAUGUUUUGAACUAGAAAGUGACGGUAUCCACUUUCUUCUAUAUGCAGAUUUUACUUCAAGAGUGUCUUGCUCCAGUUGCUGAAGAAGUCUGUGCAGAGAUCACCAAAUCUUCGGGUGCGAGCACUACCCCGUUACAUAAAAUUAUAAAGUGAGUGUCAUCCUUUAUCAGUGUAGCGUGCAAUAACAUUCAAUAGGCCAUUUCAGAUAUAUUAAAAUUCUAACAUGGCUCCGAGGCUAGAGGGAAUAAAGCAAAAUUAAUUGAUUAUUCUUCCCUCAAUCUCAAUGUGAUUUCUUUUGUUUUUGUCCCCCAAGCCUUGGAGCCAAGUUUGAAUUUUAGUAGAUCGAAAAUGGCCAAUUGGAUGAGUAUGGUCACUACCACAUAUGACAGGUUUUUUCUUACUGUCACUAACAAAGAAGACCAGAAAUUAUUCUUUCACAUCACAGAGCAUUUUUCAAUUGAGUGUCGAAAGUAUUCUGGGAUUGAAUUGGUGUUGCUUUACUUCUCUCUGUGAUUGGCCUAGAAAACUUACGCCACUCUCUCAACCAAUCAGAUGCAAAACUAAACAAUCACGACUUGGUCACGUGUAUUUUUCCGUGCUUUGUGCAGUUUGGUUGGUGUGACAUUGAGUUCUCAUUGGCUCUUAAAGAUCUUUUGAUUACUCUGGUUUUGGUUUUAUGACACUCAAUUGAAAAGCGCCCCAAUUUAGAAACAUAGUAGGCAAAACCGAAUUAAUAAGUGGGCAUUAAGAAUUGUUAGUUUCCUUGGUAGUCUCUGGUUUCUGAUUUCUUGUAUUAGACAAACUGAGGGUUAGCCACUUCAUUAAAAGAGGCAAUACUCUGUCGUUAGCCAUAGCAUCGUAAUGAAAUGCUUUAUCUUUCUCUAGAUGCAUAGAGUCAGGUCUUCAGUAUCGUUAUCAAGGAUCAUGGUCUGUGAUUUUAGAGGUUGUCAGAGUCUCAUUCGAGGUGAAUUUCUCCUUCUGAGUUUGUCUGCCUGUUAAUAUGUUUAAAGGGGUUAAGUUUCUACAGAAACUGUGUGGCAGCGUCGGUGGGGGAGUAUAAAAAGGUAAUUUUGGUUUUAGCAACUGAUUUGAUAAUGUAUAAUGGCCACCAGUGGAUUUUCAAAGCUGACUUUUCGAGCGUUUGCCCUUCGUCAGAACGAAGUUUAUUUGUUUGUUUGUCUAACUUGUUUUAUUUACCUCUACACAAAACUCUAAUGCUACAGUACUUCUUGUUGUUGACUUGUACACGUACAUCUAGGUAUAGGCCUUCUCUGUUAUCAAUUUAAACAUCCCUAUACGAAGUACAAACAACUGAGUCUCAUCUUUUUAACAGGUCCUAGGGAACCAGUGCCCAAAAUUGCUAAGAAAGGUGAGCUAUUUAAACCAGUCGCUUGCCAGUGCGUGUGACUGGUUUUGUUUCGAGUCAUUUUCAUUGUGAUUUUACUUACAAUGAUUCGAACUCGUAGGAACUCUAACCAUUUAAUGUACUACGUGUACCUGGGAAGUUUGAAUUGUGGGGAGUCAUCUUUAUUUUUCUAUUCUUGUCAUGCUUAUGAGUGAAAAUCCAUCACAGUCAUCAUUAGUUUCUGAUGUAAUAUAUAGAUUUAGGCAAACCUAAAAGCGGAGCUCGCAUUUUUUUUCCCGCACGUCCCUUCAACAAAAUUAAAGCCCCUACUAUGGAUAAAGUGGAUUUUUAUUUGCAACUUCUCCGUGUCCGUGUAGAGGACUGAUUAUAAAAUAGUGCCCGUGGUACAGUUGGUCGCGCAUGCUAAAAGUAGCACCUUGUACGGUCGGUCGUACGUCCCAAUUUUUUCGGCUUGAUGGGUUACUACUAUUUUGUAUAAUUAUGGGGCUACGCUCUGCGAGCUCCGCUAUUACUGUACUCAUGCAUUUUUGUUCAUAUACAUGCGACUUUUUAUUUUUCGAGAAAAAACCACUUGGCUGAAGGCCCUUGUCCCAGAAAACCAGGGUGCUCAGCUUUUAGAAAUUUUAUCACAGCUAAUUCACUCACGUUGUUAAAAGACAUUAGUUAUUGGCCCGUGACAAUUGCUAUUUGCAAGAGGGCAGCCUUAUCAUGCAACCCAUUUUAAAUGGUGUAUGUUCCUUUCUUGAAGCUUCUAGUUUCCCUCUGUGACUUGCGGGGCACACAUCAAUUCCCUUAUGUCAACAAGUUGGACCGAGCCGUCGGCAUGGCUAUACAGAAAAUGGGACCAAGGUACAGUGGUAAAACCACAGCUCUUAGUGUUUUAGAGAUCUGUUUAGUAACCUUUCCUGCUGACAGCUGAGCUAGGAGAUUGGUUAUAAGAAUUUUUUGUGAUUGAGCCUAUUUCGUUUGAGUGUCGAAAAACCUAAACCAAAGUAAUCGCAACAGCCAACCAGAGGAAAGUAAAAAUAUCUCAAGAGCCAGUAAGAAGUGAAAGCAAAGUUGAAACCUGUAAAGUGAUUGAAUCGCGGGAAAACGCGGGUGAUCGAGUUGGGAUUGGUUUUAGGCUUGAUUGGUCGGGAAAGUGGCGGAGUUUUUGGACCAAUCACUUACCAAGGAAGGCAAAAUCAAUGUAGGCUCGGAUUAACAAGGAAAUUUGGUAUUAUCAACUGAGUUGUUAAUACCAAAUCACCUGUUAUACUCUCCCACCGACGCAGCACCACAACUUUUUUAGAAACUUACUCCCUUCAUUCAUUAGUGUCGGAUUUCUCUCUAUACUAGAAAAUUGCUCUAUCGAGGUAUAUUGAAAAUAUUGCAGCUGUACACUGUAUCACUGUUGUAAUAAGAGUUUUGCAUGGUGAAAAGGCAAGUAAAAGUCACAAGGUUUUCAGCUUUCACAUUAAUCUUAUCGUCUUGGCAUACUGCAUAUAGUUACUAUACACUUUGUAAGCUUGAUGAGGCAAUUGUUCAAGAUACGUUUGAGUAGUCUUACGGUUACUUUUUCUGUUUCAGGGUUGUUUUAGAAGCUGUGCCUCUUCAACUCGACAAGGAAAUGUAAGGAGAGACUAAAGAUAUUUGCAGCUGAACACAUGUUAAAACAAUAUAUCCCAUUCAUAAAGAGAUGUACAUGAACCACAAUGUAUUGUUUCUCAAGUUGACAGUCAUAUCUUAUUCAACAAAGUGAAGUAGCUCUGAAUACAAAUUUUGAAUGUCAUUGAUGUGAAAAAAUGUUCAGUGAUUUUAGAAAAGCUCACCACAUUAUAGAUUUUCAUGUUUCCGACCGGUUUUUUAUCUCACUGUGGGAGCUAAACCUAGAGGUAACGAGAUGAAAAUGAGCAAUUUUUACUCUCUUUAUGGGAUUCAGUUUUUCUGUAUUGGCUCUCAUUCUUCGCUGCGCCUACGCCUGCGCCCGCGCCUUAAGAGCCCACUGUGUGUCUGGCUUACUUUGUGCAUGUUCGUGAACAGUUUUUGUGUUAUCCAUUCUCCCCUAAACUUUGAGGCUGUUUGUUCUCUUACGGUCCUGCUGGAAGAGCGUGGGGAAAAGCGAACGCAUCAUGAGAAAAGGAAAGGGAAUGAAAUAUUUUGUCUAGUUCUAAUCUAAUAUCGUCCAUAUCUCUUCGCCCGAAGCUGUCCCUCCAAACUUAAAGAAUGAUAAAAAGAUGAAUAGCAAUUCUCUUAGCUCUCAUCGUCCACUCCUUGCAAUCUAUUUAUUUCAGCAUUGACAUUAGACAUUAUUUUUACUUUCAUGUUCCAGAGGUGGACCUUGCAACUUUCCACGUAGCUGGCUUCUGCCUGUUUUGAAAGAUAACAUCAAAGACACCGAGUUAAAAUACUUCUUUGAAGUUUUGCUGCCACUGUCAGCUGAUCUGAGAGCCAAAGGUAUGACAGCUUCUUACAUAUGUCGUAAAACACCCGCCGCACUGCUUUUGAAAUAAAUACAGCACUCUGACAGUACAGGAACAAGCAGGACGUCCUUGAUUUUGUACGCAUUUAUUCUUUCCGAAAACCUGAAUAAUACUUAUGGCGACUUCCAAAGAGUCCAAUCCAGACGUUUACGUGACUGCUUCCACUUGUUAACCGUUAAACCCGUAAGAGUGAUUGGCGUCCUAUUUCUCCUAACAGAGGAGUUUCCUUUAAGAGAGAUUCACGUGUAUAAUUUUUUCCUUUUAGCUACAACUCUCAAGGAAGCAGGGAAACUACUCGAGAGUAAAGUAUAUGACACUUUGCAACUACAGGUAAAAAUAAAAACAAAAAAAGUGACGUAUUGGCUACACUUAAGGACUCCUUUCAUUGUACUCGUUUAUAAGCAUGUAAAUGUUCCUACCUGAUCUCAUCGACUUGUGUAAAAACAAAACAUUCCUUGUCCCGCGCUUGCGGCAAGACUAUUGGCAUUUUUUUUUUCUUUAUUGUAUAAAAAAUAUGCAGAAAAAAAUUGAAUCGUCCCUAAAAAUCUCAAAAGGAAACAAAAGUGGGUAAAAGGAAAACUGAGGAAUAUUCGAAGACAAAGUUUAUUUAAAAACGAGUAUUUUGUGCUGCUUACUUAAUAUGUAAUGAACCGCUUUAGUUUGUACUUGUGGGAUAACCUGAUAAUGAUACAUGUACAUCUUUUUUUCAGAUAUGGGCUCUUUUACCAGGAUUUUGCACUCGACCGACCGACAUAUGCCUGGUAGAGUUCAUAUUUCUACUCAGGUUUUUUUUUACUUAAGCCAUUCGUGAUAGGAAACCAUGCCAUUAAUAUUUACACGUUACUGAUCGCACAAAUAUAAGAUUUUUAAUACAGCUAAAUCUUUCGAAAUCAAUUUCCUUUGCAGUCAUUCAAGUCUGUCGCUCGAAUAUUGGGCACGGCCCUUACAGAGAGAGCAGACUUACGUUCAACAGUGUGCCAAGCUUUGAGGUUGCUUAUUUCCAAGGUGUCGGAUGGUAAGGCCAUCACUUGAAAUUCUGGUUUUUUUUUUUUAUCAUAUCUUAGAUGUGUAGAUGUACAAUGAGAAGAUAUCGUGUUGAAAUUUCAGCCCCUCGGAGGUAAAGGCAUUCUCGCGUAUUUUAAAACGAGACGUGCCCCUCGGGAACCAGUCGCUUCGCACGAAAAGCGACAUACAAGAAAGUAACGACGUAUGUUACCUUGUUUUGAGGCGAAUAGCAGGGCUCGGUGGUUUAAAAAGCACAUACAUUGCUAAUCCAGCGGAUAGGAGUUUUAAAAGCUUAUUAACUUUUCGAUCGGAUAGAGAUUUAUCCAGUGGAUAGGGUUUUCCAGCCUGUAAACAACCUGGGCUAGGUUAUAUGAGUUUGUUGUUGUUCCCGUUUUGUUUUAGCCUAUCGUUAUAUUUGUUUUGUAUGGAUUUUUUUCCCGUGAGACCCUGUGGCCCAAUGUAAAUCGCGUUGAGCUGCUGAUCAAAAAGGGUUGGAUCUUAGGAAGGACAUUGUGUUGUGUUCUUAAGCUGGACCGGCGCAGCUGUCACACAUGGGUUUAAUGGGUACCAUUGAAUAGUGGCAGGAAUCACGACAAAAUAGUGGGGAAGGGGGAGGGCUAGGGGCUAGUAUUUCAUCUUUGAGGAAUGGUGAUACUCCUUGUCACUGUGGGAUCAGCUAUGAUAACCACACGAGUCAUUCUUUAUCUGAUGCAGACCCUACCUCAACUUUGUUAUGCAAAGGUAACAAAUCGCUAAUCAUACUUUCUUUUUGCUGCAACUGUCAGAUGCAAGCAGAAAGGAGUUAUCCCAAUACUCAAAGAACUACCUUCCAAUCCUGUUUAACUUGUACACUGCGGAAGACAAUGAAGGGGAUGCUGAUAAACUGGCAAUACUGGAGACAAUCAGAGUUUACCUGAGCAUAACAGAUCACAAAGUUAGUAACUUGCCUUCUAUUCUACUCUAUUUGCCAAACCGCAUCGCAAGGGAGGAUAAGACAAAGUUCGUGUUCCUUGUGAUAAAAAAAAAAAUAGCGAGUUACUCUUGCACUGUAAAUGUGCUGGAUAGAGAAGGAGAAGAACAAUUUAUAGAUAGCAAAUUAGCCAAAAAGCAAAAGGAAUCAUGCAAGACUCUUGGGGUUGGUUAUUGAAACGAGGUCUAAUUUGGGCCGUACUUUUUGACAAUCAAUGGAAUUCGAAUAUUCCUUAUAGGUGGGGUUUUUGAAGUUAUUAGAUCUCUCUGUUUUAAUAACCAGCCCUUGGUUCCCCUAAACUUGCACACAAGGAAAAGCCUGGUAAAGAGUAUUUUCACAAAUUAUCGCGUUUCUCGUUGCGCGGGCUAAGGUGCAUGCAAAAGUUAGCUCGAAAGUCAAGAAACGUUGCUUGGUGAAAUUUUAAAAUAAGUUCACAACUUAUGACAUAAGACCUAAAUGAACAUUCUCUCCCCUAGAAUUACAUAAAAACAUUUAAUGUUCGGACGAGCCAUAAUAAAAUCCUGUUACUUAAAACUUGUCCUAUACCUUCUUCUAGCUCGUGGCCACGUUCUUCUCCAAGGGUCUUGAAAAGUUAACCGACGGUAAAAGCAACGGAAAAUCACGGUACUAGAUAUUAUUUGAACUUUUUUCCCAUAACUCUUAUUUGUCACUCCCUCUCCUCCAUUUCAAUGUUGCCUGGUGUUAACAAAGUGGUCCCUAAUUUUCCUGCAACAUUGUUAGGGAGAAGAGAGAGGGGAAUUUGAAGUAACUUAGAUGUGAAUUACUAGAUCGCUUUUUAUUAUGUCCACUACCUACUAAAGGGAGGUGUGCCAACUAGUUUGCCCCUCAUCAUAGAGAGACCAGUUAUGACGCAGGAUGGAAUAGAAAUGUUAGCUGCUAAAAAUUAUAAUAAUGAUAAUGAAAACAGAAUCCUUAACUCAGACACAAGCCAAAGCGCUUUAAACGUAGGUUCUCUUCUCUUUUUACCUCUGAAUAGAAUAGACUGUUAGCAUAGACAUGUACCAGUCGAGUGCUGUCAGUUAUACCGUACGUGUAAAUGACAACGAUCUACGGUAGAUGUACUCUGCUUACAUGUAUGAUGCAAAAACUUGAGGAAGUGUACAUUUAAAUUAAAAUAAUACUUUUAAUUUUUUUUUUUCAGACAUUUGAUGAUGGACUUAGUUAUCGCGAUGGUGCCCUAUGUGGAUGGGCAAAAUAUAAAGAAGCUCUAUGAUUUGGCGUCGCCAUGGUUACAGGUGAAUACAAGUGAUUGAAGUGUCCAGUGUGAACACUUUGAGCUUGUUUUGUUCGUGUAACAAAGAAAACUUUUCAAGAUUUUCGCAAAUUUCUAAUAAAGGCAUGUUAUAGCAAAGUACGCGAUUUAAUAACUUCACCAAAGUUAUGGUUUUUGUUUGCAUUUGUGUUUUUUUUUGUUUUGUUUUGUUUUUUUUGGCAUUCUUAAUUUUUUGUGUCUUGCAAUGUAUCUUCAAGGAGGGCAAGGAUUGAGAAGAUUAACUCGAAAUAAUAUUGUAAUAACUCUAAAAGCAUUCUAGUUAGAGGUAAAACCAUAUGACACGAAGUAAUAGUCGUGCGUCACCUUCUGCGUGCUGUUUAUAUUCAAGGCCACAGAUAUUACGCAGCAGAAGAAGGCUUAUCGCGUAUUGGAACAGAUUUGUGGCGCUGAAUCUGAGAGCAGCCAAGAGUUCGUCGUUUCACAUCUUAGCGAACUUCAAGAAAUUCUUUUAAAGACAUUAGCGGCGUCAAGUUCAGCUUCUAAAACUGUGAGUACUGUUGAGAUGAUGAGCUAACCUAGGAGAAAUUCUGAGUCUUCUGUAGGGAAUUUGAACCAUAAUUUGUAAACGAACAAUACUCUUUGUCAUGGUAUGAAGGUGACGACUUGGAUAUAAAAAGAAAGAAGAUUACCUCUCUUUUUUCCUUGCGGGGGGGAGGUGGUAAGAGGGGGGGAGGGCGAGGAACACGUUUGCCUUGUAGAAACUUGAGGAGCUGGUGAAGGGCUGCCUGCGAUGAAUCAAAAUCUGUUCAUGGAGCACUACAAUUUACACGCAGUACAAACUCUUACGUGAACCCUUCACACUAUGCGUGACCAGCUGCUAAUUUCUCCUUACAGUCUUAUGGCCGAAUCAAACUUUAAGGUCUUUGGAGAAAGGGAAAUGAUCACUUACUAUGGAGGCUCUUGAUUGUUAUACAAAUUCUCCUUGUCAGCACUGUAGGAAAUGCAUAGAGAAGAGUAUGGAGAAUAUCCAUGCUGAUGUUAAGGUGUGAAGGGUUUAUGGACCUCGUAAAUACUGCGUGUAAUGAUUUCGGUAAAAAUUUCUGGUCCUUUUCUUUUACGUUAAAGCAUUUGAUUUUCAUACGAGUCUAAAUUUGGCGAAGAGGACAUUCUAAUUCUGUUUCUCUUCUCCCUUUUAGCCCCGUUUGCGCUGCCUUGCUCAUAUAGUUAAAAAGGUGGAAGACCCUGCAGAGUUUAUUCAAGCCAUAAUUCCUGAGGUAAGUUAGCCAACUUCCUCAAAGAGUGAUUUUCAAGGGAACAUCUAACGCAACUCAGAUUACAUUGGUUUUGUUUAACUGGUUGGUCUAGGAAAGUCACCCAAACCUCUAAACCAAUCAGAUGCAACCAAUAAGAAAUCAAACAGUAAACGAUAGCAAGUCGAUAAUUUGCGCUUUCCCGUUCUUCGAACGGGUUUUUUUUUUUUUUCAGUUCUCAUUUCCUCCUGGUGACAUUCAGUUUUCUUCCUUCUGAUUGGCUUUUGUGAUCACAUUGUUCUUGGUUUAAUGACACUUAAUGAGACAGGGCUAGAAGUUUUAACUGUGCGGACAAUUUUCAAUUAAUUUUCGACUGUAAGACGCUACUGUUCGUUGUCUUGUUUAAGGUGAUACUUUGUUCCAGAGAAGUUGCUGUUAAAGCUCGCACAUCGGCCUUGACCUUACUGAUUGAAUGCUGCAACGCCAACUUCCGUUCGUCGGGCAAGACAAGACAAGGUGAGGAAAUCUCUGAAAUAAUAACAACAUUUCUGAAAACGCCUUGUGACGUUUUUUUUCGGAUACAGUUAAUUCAUUCUUCAGAGGUUUGAGUGUUUUUAUUUUACAGGUUAGUCGUUCUGUUGAAUUCACUUGUUACUAUUUUAUAUCUCUUAUUUUGUUUUAGAAUGUUUGAUCUCUUUUCUGGAGUUGGUGGUUGCGGGCAUCGCGGGCUCACCGCACAUGAUAAGUGCCACUAUCAUAUCCCUGUCUAAGGUUGUGUACGAGUUUCGACGUGAGUAUUAGACCAGCAUCAAAAGCACAUUUCGAGUUAAGUAGCGCCUUACGUUUAUUGAAUGGUUAACGUUGUGUUUACGCUUUCAAUUUUCAGACGAUGUUCCCAGUGCUUUGCUAGAGAAACUUAUACAAGGUAUUUUAGUUUGUCUGCGAUCCACUGCUAGGGAGGUGAUCAAGUCAUGUCUAGGCUUCUUCAAGGUAAGGUUUUCUUAAUAGAGACAUUUAGCACCAGGGUUUUCGCAUUAACGGCAAACCUGAAACGGCAGUUUCAGGUUAGGCGUUUGGCGUUUGACGUUUAUGGCUUCUACCGCUUUAGCUACACCUCUCCAACAAAUUGAAGAGGCCGCCAUAUUGAAUUUCCAGACAACAGCAGUGUUUGAUUUUCAAAUGGCAACAAGAAGUCCUAUUUUCAGGUAAAUCACUUACGUGAAAACCUACUUCUUGGCGUUGAAAACGCCUGUUGAGAACUCCGAACGUGACCACAGGGCUUGAUCACGUGACCUCCACCGGUUUGUCGUUCGAGGUUUCCGCUGAAAACCCUGGUGCUAAAUUUUACUAAUAUUUAGAGUGAUACACAGUCGGGAAGCUUACUUUUUCAACUCUUAAGCGAUGCAAGUGACAUGCUCCAUUCAGCGCGAAAUUACUGUCGCAUCGUGCAACGUACUUAAGGUCAAGUCGCUCACAUCUUGAUACUUUAACUCACGUUCCGCGAAACAGAGAGAUUGCAGGAUUUUUAAACUAAAACUCAUUGAAAUAAUGACUAUAAUCGUUUGAAAUGCAGAAUUCUUUGGCUAAAUUUCCAAAGCCUGAGCUACAAGUGUAUUUGUUUUUUAGACGUGGAGAAUAUCCUCCCGUUACUUUACACUGUUCUCUUGCUACUGCAAUUCUUAAUUGAAACCUCUAAGUUUGACGAUCCUUUAUUUUUUUCCACAGGUUAUCAUAUCUGUUAUGAACCAACAGGACUUGCUUCCCUAUCUCCAGGAACUCGUAAGUGAAAAAAUGAAGAUCCAUUAAUUUAAAAGCUAUUUUUGUGAAACUUGUGUUUACAGUAGUAAAUGUCGUUAUGUGCGAAGGGAAAGCUGUACUUCAAACUGCUGAGAGUUGAAUCAUUGUGGCGUCUCGCUUCAGAUAAUUCAUUAAAGGACCAAGUGCUGUUGAAACUCCCUUUUAGGAGAUGUUGUUUGGACUUUUUUUUUGUAGAUUGGUGGUCUAGUAGCCUGGAACGACGAUGCCCGUCGGCGCUUUCGCUUCAAUAUCAAAGUUCUGUUCGAACGUCUCCUCAGGAAGUUUGGGUCAGUAGUAGUAAAUCUGAGCCGUUUAUAUUUCAGUUGGAUUCCUUUAUUAAAAUCGUAAUGUUAUUUCCUCGUUUUGUUUAUAUUGAUUACUUUCCUGCUACCUCAGAAAAAUGUUGAGUGGAGUUUGACUUUGAUAUCGGUAUACUUGUGAAGGAAAUGUAGAUUUUGCAGAAUUUCUUAAAAUUCGAAUCAAAACUUGAACAUGAAUUAAAUUUUAUUUCGUUUCUUUGUUUUAACGGCCAGUUUUGGGAAGAACUGCAUGGUCUAUUUUCCAUCGCUGGAGAGUAUACGCCGAAUACACUGACGUGUACCUCUCGUUUAUCAAACCCCCAAAAGAUACGUUUUGGUGGGAGAAUGGUACCCAAUUAGAACUUAAAUUUAGUGAAUCGUUGUAUAUUAACGUUGCUCGGGAAAUAUUAUGAUUUGAAAUUAUUUUUGAAAAAAAUUAUGAAUGACGAACGUCGGAUUUUAUUGUGAUUCCUCUGUUUUUUAGAUACCAAACAAUCUACAAGUGUACCCCUGAAGAACAUCAAAAAUUAGUUCACAACACUUACAAGACAACUCAGAGACUAAAGAGGCAGAAAAUGGCGGCAAGGAGAGACAGAAAAUCCGUGAGUAUUACUUGAAGUUGGUUGUUCAAAUUUUGUCGUAAUUUUGACUGAUUGGUUACAGGACUUUAUGUCCAAUUAUGUGUAUACUGGAUAUGAAAGCAAUCUUGGCAGUAAUGAACACUACUUAAAGAACAUUUCCCAGUUGACUUGUUAUCUCAGUUGGUUGAGCGCUGCACCGGUAUCGCAGUGGUCCUGGGUUAAAAUCCCUGUACAGGCCCUGUACAGGCCCCGUACAGGCCUGAAUUUUUUUUCAGGCCUUUUUUUGACUACCGCUCAAGUAGUUUUCAUUACUGCGAAUAUCACUUUCAUAUUUAUUUCUUAAACCGCAGUCCAUAUAUAUCAUUUUCAUAUAUUCACCUCUUUUAUGUGUAUAUAUCCUGUUACGAGGUCGUCUGACAUUGCUAAUCACUUGUUUAAUUGGACCUCACUCGGUCGUAUUAUCAUUAAAAAUGCUGCUAUCUGUUAAUAUAGUAUAGUUUUGUAUGCGUGUGUAUUGUGCUACCUUCAAUUUACAUGGAAAAGAGCAACAUACCAACAGGAAUAUCGAAUUCAAAUUUUAAACGUGAAGUUGUUCCCUGUUCUUUGCACUGUAGCUCUAUGGUGCUAACGCAUUAGAGACUCAAUGCGUUUUGAAAAGUUGUAGAAGCUGUAAUUGGGUACCUUCGUUUCCAGCGUUGAGUCUUGUUUGUAACGUAAUUCGACUUAAUUCAAUCUCUCCAGCACGAGGACAAAGAAGGAUUCGAUCAAGAAUCGCCACAACUUGAAAGGUUGGUUUUUGAUAUAGCGGAGGCGCAUGUCCCAAAAUUAGCUUGAGUAAACAACGCCAUUGCAUCACCAGUCCCACUGCACAAAGGGAUUGCAUUUGGGUUAUCAUCGAUUUACAUUUAUCGAACUUUUAUACACCAGUUGUACUAAUAUUGCCAGUGUAUUUGGGAACGCUCUGAGUUCGGAGUAAAACGAAAGAAACCUUUUUUUAAUCCUUUUUUGUCAUAACUUUUUUUUUCGCCCUGAUGAUUCGAGGAGGAAAUUCUGGAGGGCCCUCUGAUAUGAUAUACCUCUGUUCCAAGAGCACCUCUCUUAAAGGCUAUAUACAAACUUGUUCAUACUGAAAAGAAGUUCCUCUAUCCUUUGUAUCUAAUCGCUGCCUUGAACGGACAGGGGACACUUUUCUGUUUUCGUAGGUGUUGUUUGAUCGAAGGUUCCAGUGAAGUUCGUUUAACAUUACACUAUUCAGUGAACAGUUUGCGUUCAGGAAAGUGUUCAAUCAUUCAGUUGAUGAGAAACGUCUCAAAGCGACUGCGGUCUGUUCUACGCCGCGAUCGUAGCUCGUAGAUCGCACUAUCCGAUUUAGUUUGUCUUGUACCACCUACUUAGAGUUCACGUCAGUGCAACGUUUACUUUUAGUUAUGAAGAUCUUAUGUUUGGAGAAGAUGAAGAGGAGGAGAGACCUGGUAUGAAGAAAAAGAAACAGGUAUCAACACCCGUUCCAAACAUGCUUCAACUCCGUUUCCACAUUUGUUUCAAGUUGAUAUUAGGGAUGUUUUACUACUGAUGAGUGUCUGAUCUUUGUAGGAACCUGAAUUAAGAAAGAUGAUAUUUGUUCUUGUUGAGCAUAGGGAAAUGCCGUGGAAACAAUAAUUAACAGAAUUUUGAAACUUUUUAAUCGACUCGCAGGCUGCCAAAACAGGUCAAGCCGAUGAACGUGUGAAAGGUCCAAAAGCCUGGAUUCGAGAGGGAACUGAAGAAGAGCCUGUGGAUUUUCUUGACCCGGGAGUGGUACAGAGGGUUGUGGGUAAGACAUUUCCUAGCAUCCAGGCCCCAGUUGUUCGAAGGCUGGAUAACGCUAUCCAGUGGAUAAAUCUGUAUCCGGAGGUUAGCGUAGUACGUUUGUAAACGCUUAUCCGCUGUGUAGCAAUUUAUCCCUUAGAUAGCGUUAUCCAGGAUGCUUAGGUACGUUUUUGCGCUUAAGUAAAAUGUUAGCUUUGAAGGGAAUAUUGUUUGCUUAUAAUAAGCGAAAAAUAAUAAAAUUCAUAGCGGUUCAAAAUCACUUAGUUAACGAUAAUUCCACAGAAAAAAACCACAGGAAAAAUAGGAGCAUGCAUGAACAGUUAGAUAAGUUACUCUGCUAGGUUGAUAUUGUUUUAAUCCUUACAAUAUCAUUGAACAUUUGAUGACAGAAGAGUUUUGCGCUAUACAUGAUUUUAACUUUUUUGCGGCCAAAGAAAGAGAAAAAAAAAAGACUUACUGAGAAUCCAUAGCCACAUGAACUAGCUCAAGAUCGUCUUGCGGACGGUACUGUCAUGGCAACAGUUGGAAGAUGUUUUCCUCUGAGAAUGUUUAGUAGAAAAUGUAGCUCAAGAAUGCAUAGUUGAAAUUGCUGUAUCUGAAGACACUCUUUGCUAACAAUGGAUCUCAGAAGUGUUAUACGAGAGAACGUCUGAAUCCAUCAAGAUGAAUGAAUUUUAAAGUCCUCCAUUGACUUCAUAUUUUUGUUCGUCCCAAGCAACGGAUCCAAAAAAGCCUACCAAACGUAAAGCAACAGAUGAUUUCCAGGUUUCUUCCGAUGGAAAGCUCAUCAUCCAAGAUAACGAGGACGAGGAGGAACAACACGAGCCUGGAUCCAAGCGUAAGAGAAAAUCAGGUACAUGUCCUGUGAGACGACUUUAGUAAUUAUAUUGUAGUUGUUGAUGUGUAAGACUGCUCAUUCAAACUGCCCUUCGUUAGCGUGUUAUCCAUCUGCGUAUUUGUAACUGUGAUUAUGUUAUCAUUUUUGACAGGUCCGGAGGACCCCGUGGAGGAUAUGGAAGAGGUAAGCCGUGUUGUAUUGCUGAUACACUUGUGGGCUGAGCCUAUGAUAAGGAAUGAGCAAAACAUACACUGAAGUCGCACAAUGUGUACUACGGGGUCAGUAGUAUUGACGCAGCCGCCACCGCUGACCCACCCC